AGUCAUUCAAAAUGGCGGCGCCCAUGAAAGGAAGUAGGCGAAUCCUCAUCAUGACCCUAAAUCGCAUUCUUCGAUUGUGAGGAGACCUUCUGUUAGAGGUUGCUGCAACCUCAGGUUUUCCCUGGUUGGUUCAGCCAAUGACAUAGACUGACUCUGAUAACCAUGUCUGGGGAAAUCUUCCAACCAAUGGAAAGUCUUGAAGAUACCGAUGUGGCCAAGAGGAACCCCCUGCUGUGCUACCUGUGCAAUGAACAAUACGAUGACCCCUGUAUACUCUCUUGCUUCCACAGCUUCUGUAUGCGCUGCUUGCGGGGUCGAGCAGCAGACGCGCAGAUGCUGUGUCCUCUUUGUGGGGCAACUACACACUUAAAAGAAGGAAACUCAUUACCUCCCCCAGAUCCCCUGCUGAAGUUCAUGGUCGAAUCUUCCCUUGACGAGAAAGCAUCAUGUGCCAACUGUGAUAAAGACUGUAACCCCAUGUAUUUCUGCAACACCUGCUGCCAGCCCCUGUGUACCAGCUGUAGAGAUGAGACCCAUCGUGCCAAGAUGUUUGCUGCUCAUGACAUUGUUGUCUUAUCGAAGAGAACAAAGGAAAUACACAAACGUUGUUCCCUGCACAAGGAGCCGUACAUCAUGUUCUCCACGGAGAAGAAGAUCAUGCUGUGCAUCAACUGCUUCAGAGACAUGAGGAUCGAGAGCAGGACCCACUGUGUGGACCUGGAAACUGCUUACAACCAGAGUUGUCGCAAGCUGGAGCAGAGUGUGCAGGCUGUACGAGAUCUACAGAACUCAGUGAGAGAUGGAAUCUUACUGCUACGAGCACUGCUUGAGGAGAUCAAACAGAAUGCCAGGAAGGAGAGUGAAGCAGUUUCCUAUAUUUAUUCCUCCAUGCAGGAGAAGAUCAAACUGACCAUGGAGACCCUCCUGGAGGAGGCCAACAGCCAGUACAAGGCCAAGGAGUCAUCAUUCAAGGCUCAGUUGACCGGCUUGACCACACUCUUGCCCACCAUACAUGUCCAUCUCGUGACGUCAGCAGCAUUCGCCAGCUCCGCCAAUAAGUUCGAGUUUCUAGAUAUGUCCUAUGACAUGAUGGAGAGACUCAAGUCCAUCGUUCACUGUCAGCAUCCCCUCCACCCAACACAAGGCAGCCAGAUCGACACAGACUUCAAGAACAAAUUUGCCAAGAGCCUGGAGCCCCUGUUGUAUGAUGGCCGGGGGAAAGUGCUGUCCUCCAGUCCUGCUCUACAACGAUCCACCCCAGUGCCUUCCACGCCCAGCUUCAAGGUGGAGGUGCCCAAGCCACCCAAUCAGGCAGCAGCUGCUGGAAACACACCUAUCAAGGCACCACAGAACAACGGCCGCCGGAACGGCAUCGGCAAAGUCAAGUUUAUAGAUGCCAGGGGUGUCUUUGCCGAGCACUGUGUGGAGUUUGAAACUUCUCAUAGGGACGUGAUACAAAAGCUGGAGAAACUCAAGUCUCAGGUGCAGGAGCUGCAGAGAGAUCUGACCCUCAGACGGUGUCUGGCAGGGCGGUCAGCAGUGGAGGAAUUGAAAAAUGUCAUUGACAGCGUGGAGAGUCAGCUAGAGAAACACUAUGGUUACAUAGAGGAGAAACAGCCAGCACUCGAGAAGCACUGGGAAGAGAGUGUGCAACGAAUCGCCAAUGAACAAGAGCUGUAUCAGGCUCAGUGCCAGGAUGUUGUGAGACUGCAGCAGGAGACAAAACACCUGAAGGUCAUCACCGCCCAGCUGACCUCCUUCGUCUCAUCAAUAGCCUCCGUCACAGAGAGCCUCGCACCCAAGCUUGGUCAGUCUACGAAUGAUGCGGAGCAUGACUGUCAGAUGCAUGCAUUGCUGGACGAGAUCAACGCCGUGCACCCAGACUCAAAACAGAGGGUUGAUGCCAUCCAGACAGCUGAAGACAUCCGGCAGGUAAACACGGCCAAUCGGAAGAACCCUCUGGAUGAUGAGCUGAUCAAAACCAAAGGACUGCUCCGGGCUCCGUCCCUGCGCAGAGACAGUUCUGCCAAGAAGGACUGCCCUGCGACGCCAACUGUUCCAGUGAAAGAUGCAGGGGACAAGAUGCCGCCCUUUGCACCAGGAAAAGACGCAACGGAUGAUGACAAGGAAAACAUUUGUCUUGAGAAAGAGGCAGCCAGUUGAGAUAACUCCAAGACCCUAGUCCAGAAAUGGGGCUUGGUAAUAAUACUCCACACAGACUUCCAAUGUUACCGGGAGACGUUUGUGACACUUUUGUAUCUGAAGGUUAAGUUCCUUGUGGUGCAAGGUAUUGUUGAUAAACUUAAGUAAGGAAGAUCAUUUUUAAUUGCUCUUUUUGAUAUGAUAUUUUGCCAAUUUUCCAUCACUACUGAAGUCUUUCAUGAGAUAUUACAUUAACUUCAUUCCUGUUAGGUGUCAUAAUUCAGUGGUGGUGAAGUGUUGAAAUCAAUCCAUCAAUUCAUUGUCUCAUACAGAUAUACCAUCCUUGUUGUGGUCUCAUGGAGUGAUACCAUCCUUGGUUUGGUCUCAUUAAGAUACCGUUCUUGGUGUGGUCUUAAUUAGAUACCACCCUUGGUUUGGUCUCAUUAAGAUACCAUCCUUGGUUUGGUCUCAUUAAGAUACCAUCCUUGGUUUGGUCUCAUUAAGAUACCAUCCUUGGUUUGGUCUCAUUAAGAUACCAUUCUUGGUUUGGUCUCAUUAAGAUACCAUCCUUGGUUUGGUCUCAUUAAAAUACCAUCCUUGGUUUGGUCUCAUUAAGAUACCAUCCUUGGUUUGGUCUCAUUAAGAUACCAUCCUUGGUUUGGUCUCAUUAAGAUACCGUUCUUGGUGUGGUCUUAAUUAGAUACCACCCUUGAUGUGGUCUCAUGGAGAUACAUUCCUGGUGUGGUCUCAUGGAGAUACAAUCAUGGUUCUGCUAACAUGAAGGGAACAUCGUUUAGGUGGAUAUUCAGAUUCACAUGCUGUAGUUGUUAAUAUCAGCAUACAACUCUAUUAUCAACUGGUUGAUAGGGAAUUUUAUAGAACCUUUGAUUGCUCUAAUGAAGAGAUGUUUGGGUUGUAAGGGAAAAGCAUCACAGCAUAGUAAAAGUGUGGGUGUGAAUUUGGUUUUAUACCUCUUUAGCAGUAUUCAUGUCAUUAGGUGGAAUAAGAGCACUGACAACAUAAACAUACCAUCCUUGGUGUGGUAACAUAUAUAAUGUACUGGAGGUGUGUAGCAUAUAGGUAGUCUCUGUAGCUGGCCAUCUGAACUGGGCAGUGGUCAGUUUAAGGUGCCAGAUCACACCCAAGGAGGUCAAGGUAUCAUUCAACUUGUUCCACUUUGUGGUUCCUAAAUCAAGCUCACAUGCCAUGAUAAACUGCAGUUUCCAACCAUAGCCAGUAGUCUGUUGCUCGGGUCAAGUAAACAUAUGUUUAGUCUGGUAUGUUCUGCUAAUAACAGUUAUAUAGUGACAAAGUCUAAAUGAAAAUUGAUGCCAGGAGGCAUGUUGGGGCUUGUAGAUGCAGACGCUUGUGGCAUCACUCACACCCCACCCACUCAUUCAACAUCACAUCGUGUCUCACAACAUGGUUCCAGCAUAUCUGUGAUUCUUCACCAGAGACUACUGACUGUCACUGGUGUUAAUUAAUGAGACAAUCUACCUAGAUUUUGUGAAAUAAUUAUGUACAUUACACCAAGUAAUGAUCAUUGACUUGAUUAGAUGUUUGAAAUUAAAACAAUUUAGUAUUUAACAUACACAUUAACAUGUAUUUAUGUUAUUGGGAAUCACCAGUGUCUCAGGUACUUCUCAUCUUUACAGACGAGUCUCUUUCAAUAACCUAGUACUGCACUUGUUAAUGUGAGUCGCAGUGGAGUUGUUCACAAAGUCUAUGCAAGCUGUCAGAAUGCUGGGUCUUGUGAAACUGUUGGAUGACACACCCACAGAUUGAUCUUCCAUGCACAUGUUACAUGUUCCUACAAUUAGUGCCUCACUUUGAAAUAUGUGAACAUUUUGAUGUCAUGAAUUAAUGGCAAUAUUAAUAUCUUUUGUAGCUGUUCCAUAUAUUUUUUUUCUUUUCUUGAAUAUUGGUGAUGGUGGACAUAGUAGAGGGGGGUAACCUUCACCCUGACCUGGGAAGAUAACCGUCACCCUGACCUGGGAAGAUAACCUUCACCCUGACCUGGGAAGAUAACCGUCACCCUCACCUGGGAAGAUAACCUUCACCCUGACCUGGGAAGAUAACCUUCACCCUGACCUGGGGAGAUAACCUUCACCCUGACCUGGGGAGAUAACCGUCACCCUGACCUGGGAAGAUAACCUUCACCCUGACCUGGGUAGAUAACCUUCACCCUGACCUGGGAAGAUAACCUUCACCCUGACCUGGGAAGAUAACC